CAACCUGCGUAAGAAUGAUCAUUCAGUGCUUGAAGCACCGCCUCUGGCGGUCAUCCGGGAUUCAUAGAACCGUAGUUACAGUUGUAACUUUCGUUAUGGCGUGUAAGCUGUGGCAGUGAGCGGUGCGGCAGAUAAACAACAAGGGCAGAUAUAUUUAAUUAGGUCAGCAAAGAGAUGAUUAGAAAAGGCCACAGAAUCAUACAUCCAUAACAACUGUUUACUCAUUAUUUUACAAUUUUAUACAAAACAGUAGAAGGUAAUAGAAAAAAAACCCCACAAUGAAUAAUAAAUACAAUCUAAUUUUCAAAUGUGAACAUUAGAUACAUAAAAAAUAGUCCUAGUUUUAUUAAGACCGGGAUACAUAUUGGCUUUCCUUCCCUUAUUUACUUAGGAAAACGUCAUAUUUAUUCCAAAAGGUGGCAGUAUUGCAGUCACGUAGUCUGUAAACCAAAAGUCGAAGAAGAAUUUCCACCGAAAACAGCCAGUGGCGCUUUUCAUUUGAAAACAGAUCGAAAGAAAUUCCGGGUGAAAAUAAAUUUCUUCGGGUUUGUGUUUUUUCUCUGUUGGUUCCCCAUUUGCCGCAAUUCUUUCUACCAGCUACAGCGUAGAAAAACCAUCUCUCAUGUUACCCGAGGAGCUAGCUAGAUGUUAGCUUGUUCUGGUUUCUGUUUCUCCGGGUUGAGCUUAUGUCUGUCAGGCGGGUUCUGGUGGGUUGUGCCGUGUUGUCUCUACAAGAUGCCUGUGUGUUUUAUCCCUGCUGCAAAGCCUGCUUCUCUCGGCUCGAUGCUGAAGAAAGAGACGCUUUAAGGUAUCGGUGCUCCAGGUGUGGUUACUGGUGUCUGAAGGAUCAGGUGGACUACAGAUACCGUCUCUCACUGCGGGUUGUCCGGGAUACAUCCAUAUUCGGUGUAACAGUGUUUGGAAACAGCUUGAACCCCUUUUUUGGCAUCCAUGCAAGUGGAUUACAGAGGUUAGUUGAAAAUUUGGAGGGACCCCUAGGACCAUCAGCACAGUCCACAUUGUUGGUGAAGGCAGUUGAAGACUGUUUCCUUGGUAGACACUUCAUCUUUGGUAUAAAGGUUAGCAGAACAGAAAGAGAACCUUGGCUUGAAAAUCCUGAUGGAAAUGAAUCCAGCAGGAGAGAGAGAGCCCAGUUUGUUGCCAGUCAGAUGAUCCUUCCCACAGCCUCAGGCUUGACUGGCUGCACGGUGCACAGUUAUUAUCAGCGUCUUCUUCAGAAAGCUUCAGAGCAUGUAGCGGAGUCUUCUGACCCCAGCAAAACCUUUAGACCUCUCGCAUCCCCCCUGCUGCUGAUUUCUGGUCCUUCUCCGAACAGCACCUUUAGUGACGUCACUCUGUUUCCUUUUGGUCUUCUUUCCCAAUCAAUACUCCGAUCCCAACACCAUGACCACUCAUUUGCUCCCACCUCUGUAUGGCAGCAGUCACUUGGACUUGUGACAUCCUCAGCAGAGCAGGAGGAAAUAUGCAGUCAGGAUGGUGGAAAUCAGAGCUACAGUCUGGCCAAACACAGCACAACACCACAUCCUGUGCAGAGAGUUUACCCGGAGAACCAUCCAGGCACAGAGGAGAGAACCGUUCCUCUCCAGUUAGAGGGCAGUUUUCUCAGUAGUCCAUCAUCAACUGGGUAUGAAAACUCCUCUUUUGGAAACAGCUUCCGUGUGAAAACUUGCUUUAGUCCAUCCCAACCGAGGUGUAAAAGCUUAAGCGUCACUCCAAAGGAGCUUUCCAGCCCACAACAAACCAAAACAUUUUUAUCAAGCUCAUUUGCUUGGGAUGAUUUGCCCUUCUCUGAGAGUCUCACAGCAUUUUUGUGCGAACAAAACAAAGAUUUUAAUAUUCUGGAUAAAUCAAAAAAAUUUAAUUUGCAGCAUCAAAAACAAACAGCAAUAACUUUUGUGGAAAUCGCACACCUGUCAGCUGAACCAGCUUCUGCUUGUCAGAGUACUGUGGAGAAAAUCUCCAUAGAUAAACUGCAAGCUAUCACUAACACAGUUGCACCGGAUGGACAGGAUGAACAUAUUUUAUCUGAUCAAGACUGUAAGAACUGUGCUGAACACGUGAAGAGGUCUGAAGAUGGAGAAAUACAACUGGAUGACAAAGCUUAUUUCUUUCCUGAAAAUCAAGAAGAACACAAUGAAGUGGACGGCUACAACUGUUCUGCUGACUUAUUUGGUGACUCUCUCAUGAUGGGGGUGCACACAGAAACACACACAACUCAUGCUCAAACUGUGAGUUUGCCUUCAGAUGCAUGUUUCCAGUGUCCUGAGAUGAAUGAUCAGCAUCUAAAGAAUGAAAACUCCAGUGUGUCACAUUCAACGCCCCACAAACAGAAACUAAAAGGCAUGUUGGGCAUUAAAAGAGAUAGUUUAGAUCUACAAGACUUUGACUUUAUUCCUCCUUCUCAGUCCACUCCCAUUACAAAAGUAGGUGGAAUGACACUAUUACCCACAGUUACUUCCUGCAGAAAUUUGAAAGAUGAGUCCUCAAAAGAAAAUUUAAUGUGGAGCAUGAGAUCCAGCCGGUGUAGGAACAGAAUCACUCCAGGAAGGAGAUUCAGGAAACGUAAGAAAAAUAAAGACGGAAAUCCAGUUGGACAGCAUGCCCUAAAAAGAGGAACAUUAACAACCAGUCAGAAACAUAAUUCUACAGCGAGCGAUGUGUCUGUUUGCGAUUAUGAGGUUUGUGAGGGAAUAGUUGCUCCUACUCCUGCUUUUAAAAUGCAGCCGAGUGUCUCGUUCAGAAAAAGAUUGAAGACAGAAAACAGCUGCAGGGAUUCAGGUUGUAACAGGAAAGGGUCUGGGGGAGAUGGAGGGGAUAAGACUUUGACAGUAUUUCAUGCUAAUGACACAGUAGGUGAGAGAUAUCUUGAUGCAUCUGAGGACCAUUGCCUCUCUGAAGCAUCCAACUGGUCAAGGGAUCUAUUUUCAGAUUCCAUCUGAUUGUACAAAUCUGCAAAAAAAACCAAAAAUCAUUAUGCAUUAAGAAUUUAUGAUCAGACUAGCUGCCUAUGCCUCUUUUUUGCACUCUAACAAUAAUUAAAUAUUGAAAUAAGACAAGUAAAUAUAUUUCUUUUGCAUUGCAUAGACUGAAGAUCAGCUCAUAUUUUUUAAAAAUAAAAAAAAACUUGUGGAUUCCUUACAUUUUAGCAUUAUUCUCUCACAUACCGUCUGUUAAGUUACAGUACGUUUAAAAGUUAAUAUGUGUUGCUUUUUUGUUGUUGAAAUAUUCUGAACUGCUCCAUAAGUAUUUUUUUUUUCAAUUUGUAUCUGUUAAUCCCAUCUUAAUUAAUGUCAUAUAUUCCUUUAAACCUUUGCAUAUUGUUGCAAUGCCUUUUUGAUUAAUUGCUGCUGAGAUCGAGGAAAUAGCAAUUGAGUUGAGGGUUCAAAUAUGGAACGAAGGUCCUCAGUUAGAUAACAGAUGGGCAUGUUGGACAUCUGUCCAUCACAUGGCCACAGCCAACUAAACACGGUCACUGCUGAACUCUCUACUCUGAUAUAAAUCACGCUGCUCCUUGGCACCGGUGAGGAGACCUGCU